AUGCUUAUCACCAAAACAUUCUACGAUAUUCCUAACCAAACUCGAUGCCACCUGCAGAACUUAUCCCCAGUCAAAAAGUUUCCUGCACGUCCCCCCUCCAUUUAUGACGAAUUUGAAGGACCGGAGGCCAUUUCUUACGACGUUGAGGGUGCAUGUCUCUGGGAACCGACAGAGGAAACAAGGACGCCUACAUCUCUCCCCAAUUGCAAUGGGCGUAUCGCAGGUACCCCUCAAUUCGAUCUUUCAAAUGCUGCAUUUGAUCCGCGCGUGCGGGGCCUCUCUCUGAAUGCAUCGAUCUUACCAAGGUUUACGCUCGAUCAUCAGGAAGAGACGUACGAAAUGGUUGAAAAUUGA